AUGGGAUUGAUCAACUACUCAUGGAAGAAGACAUGCUUUACUGUUCAGAUUUUAGUGACUGAAAAUUCAUCAAGUGAAGAAGAAAAUGCACAAACUGAAGAUGCAACUAACCAACAGAUCCCACAUGAUGGUGAAUUGCCAAGGGAAAUUCUGACUCAACAAGCAAAAAAAUUCAAUGUGCAUAGAUCCACAUUAUCUAGGUUAUUCAAGAGAAUCAAGAAACAAAUUAAUAAGGGGAAUGUAAUUGAUGUCAGGUCCAAUAAAUUGGGUAGAUGUGGUCCAAAACCAACAGAAUACUCAGAUGAGUUUCUGAUGUCUUUCCCAUUAUACAAGAGGAUCACAAAAAGAAGUUAUGCAGCAGCUUUGAAAAUUUCACAUGUCACAUUGCAUAAGCUAGGGAAAAAGGGCAGGCUUAGAACUCACACAAGCACCAACCACCCAUCCCUUACUUCUAACAACAUGAUUGCAAGGAUUAAGUGGGCUUUAGCUCACAUAAAUCCUAUACCAGCAGAAGGGAACCCCAAAUUUGUUAACAUGCAACAAGUUAUCCACAUUGAUGAAAAAUGGUUCUACUUGAACCUAGAAGAAAGAAAUUUGUAUCUCCUUCUAAAAGAAAAAGACCCUUAUAGAUGUCAGCAAUAA